AUGGCCUGCAACAACAUCUGCCGUCCCUGUGGACCCACCCCGCUGGCCAACAGCUGCAACGAGCCCUGUGCCCUGCAAUGCCAGGAUUCCCGCGUCAUCAUCGACCCUUCCCCUGUGCUGGUCACCCUGCCAGGACCCAUCAUGAGCUCCUUCCCCCAGAACACCGCCGUCGGAUCCACCUCCUCCGCUGCUCUGGGCACUGAGCUCAAUGUGCAGGGACAGCCCAUCUCUGGCGGAUUUGGUGGCUUUGGCUUUGGCCUUGGCUAUGGACGUGGAUUUGGCUAUGGGCUGGGAGGCCUGGGAUGCUAUGGCAGAAGGGGCGGCUACAUCUGCUAAGGGCCCUCAGCACCACUCUCGACACCUCCAGCUCUGGGCUCUGGCAACAGCUCCUGCAGGCAGAGCACCUCUGAUGAUGGUCACCGUACUCGCACCUCACAACAGUUUAUUUCCCCUUCUUUCCCCUGACUUUUCAGUCUUUUGCACAAAUAAAGUUUUCCUGCAUCAAACCAGCAACGCC